GGUGCGGUAACACCCACGGAAUCCCGGGUCUCCGGGCGCGCCGGCGCUGAGAUGUCCUCAUUGCCAAGAAGAGCAAAGAUACAGGUCCAGACUACAGUGCCCCAAGAUGAGUUUUCUUAUUUCUCUGAGCUAUCAUCUGCCUCUGAAGAAGAUGACAAAGACGAUAGUGUUUGGGAGCCUCAAAAGAAAGUUCCCAGAGCCCGGAAACAGCCUGCUCCCAAGGAAUCCAAACCCAAGAGGAUGCCUCGGAGGAAAAAAGACACAGCCCUGCUAAGUGCUGGCUCAGAGGGUGUGGCAGUUAAGGAGGAGCUGAAUAGGUCCAUAGCUAUUGCUGACGUUGAUUUGGAAGAUAAUAAAUUGAAUACUGUACAGACUGUGAAGACAGCAAAGACAAAACGGAAAAAUUCAGCUCAGAGGGCCAAAAAGCUAAAAGUUGAUGAUGAAGCCAGCAAAGUGAGCAACUUGGUGGAUGGUACAGAGAUACCAUCAACAAGUGCCAUGGGGGAAGGUGUCUGUAAGAAAGAGGAGAAUGAAGAUGACUUCACGUUUGGCCAGCCUCCAUUAAAGAGAAUGAAGACGGAGAUGUGUCCUCAGGGGCAGCCUGUCACGUAUCCAGCAAGCGACACUAUUAAAGAGGAGGUAGAAAUGAACUGGGACAUCGUACAGGUUUUAUCUGAGAGAACUAAUAUUGAGCUUUGGGUUUGUGCCAACAUCAUUCGUCUCUUUAAUGAUGAUAACACAAUUCCCUUCAUUGUACGUUAUAGAAAGGAGCUCAUUAAUAACUUGGAUGCUGAUUCCUUGAGAGAAGUUCGACAGACCCUAGAUGAGUUAAGGGCAGUUGCAAAGAAGGUUCAUAGUACAAUUCAGAAGAUUAAGAAGGAGGGAAAGAUGUCUGAGUGUUUGUUAAAAGCCUUGCUGAACUGCAGAAGUUUUGAAGAACUAGAACAUGUGUCUGCACCAUAUAAAACUGGGAGUAAAGGCACAAAAGCCCAAAGAGCAAAGCAGCUGGGACUAGAGGCAGCAGCCUUGACACUGCUUGAGAAUCCAGGGAAACUCAAUUUGCUGUCUUACAUUCGACCGGAUGUUAAAGGGCUUUCUGCACUCCAGGAUAUUGAGACAGGAGUGCAGCAUAUUUUAGCAGACAUGAUUGCUAAAGACAAAGACACGCUUGACUUCAUUCGGAAAUUGUGCCAAAAUAGAUACAUUUGUAUUCAGUCAUCUCUGGCAAAAGUAUCCUCAAAGAAAGUAAAUGAGAAAGAUGUUGAUAAAUUUCAACUCUACCAGAACUUUUCAUGUAACAUAAGAAACAUUCAGCACCAUCAGAUUCUAGCAAUUAACCGUGGAGAGAAUUUGAAGAUACUGACAGUCAAGGUCAACAUCUCUGAUGGAAUAAAGAAUGAGUUCUGUAGGUGGUGUAUCCAGAACAGGUGGAGACCACAUGGCUUUGCAAGGCCAGAGUUAAUGAAAGUCUUAUAUAAUUCACUGGACGAUUCCUUUAAGCGCCUCAUUUAUCCUCUCCUCUGCAGAGAGUUCAGAGCCAAACUGACAUCAGAUGCAGAGAAGGAAUCAGUGAUGAUGUUCGGACAGAACCUUCGUCAGCUCCUUUUAACAAGCCCUGUUCCAGGGCGUACCUUGAUGGGAGUGGAUCCUGGUUACAAGCAUGGCUGCAAGUUAGCUAUAAUUGCUCCUACUGGUCAGAUACUUCAUACUGAUGUGGUUUACUUGCAUUGUGGGCAAGGCUUCCGAGAGGCAGAGAAAAUAAAGAAGCUUUUGCUGAAUUUCAACUGCAGCACGGUGGUGAUUGGAAAUGGAACUGCCUGCCGGGAAACUGAAGCUUACUUCGCUGACCUGAUAAUGAAAAAUUACUUUGCACCACUGGAUGUUGUUUACUGCAUCGUCAGUGAAGCAGGAGCAUCUAUCUAUAGUGUGAGCCCUGAAGCCAACAAAGAGAUGCCAGGGCUGGAUCCUAAUCUAAGAAGUGCAGUUUCCAUAGCAAGGCGUGUACAAGAUCCAUUAGCUGAGCUAGUGAAAAUUGAGCCGAAGAACAUUGGAGUUGGAAUGUAUCAGCAUGAUGUAUCCCAGACUUUACUCAAGGCAACACUGGACAGUGUUGUAGAAGAAUGUGUCAGCUUUGUGGGAGUUGAUAUUAACAUCUGUUCAGAAGUUUUGUUAAGGCAUAUUGCAGGGCUGAAUGCCAACAGAGCCAAAAAUAUUAUUGAAUGGAGAGAGAAGAAUGGUCCCUUCAUCAACCGAGAGCAGCUGAAGAAAGUGAAAGGAUUAGGUCCAAAAUCCUUCCAGCAGUGCGCUGGUUUUAUCAGAGUCAACCAAGAUUAUAUUCGAACAUUCUGCAGUAGUCAGCAAACUGACUCUUCAAGCCACAUUCAAGGAGUUGCUGUGACAUCUUCAGCAGGUGUUGAAGUCACAAAUGAGAAGCAGGGCAAAAAGAAGAGCAAAACCGUAGGGGAUGCUACACUGAAGCCAAAUCCUUUGGACCAGACUUGUAUUCAUCCGGAAUCAUAUGACAUAGCAAUGAGAUUUUUAUCAUUCAUUGGAGGGACGCUGUGUGAGAUUGGAACACCUAAAAUGCAACAGAAAAUAAAUUCAUCUCUUGAAAAGGAAGGAAUAGAGAAAGCUGCAGAAAGAUUAAAGACAACAGUACACACUUUACAGGUCAUCAUAGAUGGUCUCAGCCAGCCCGAAAGCUUUGACUUUCGAACAGAUUUUGAUAAACCUGAUUUCAAGAGAAGUAUAGUAUGCCUGGAAGAUCUGCAGGUUGGCACGAUUUUGACAGGCAAAGUUGAAAAUGCCACUCUGUUUGGAAUUUUUGUGGAUAUAGGAGUGGGGCGAUCAGGGCUGAUUCCCAUACGAAAUGUUACAGAAGCAAAGCUUUCUAAAACAAAGAAGAGAAGGAGCCUUGGGCUGGGCCCUGGAGAAAGGGUGGAAGUCCGAGUCCUGAACAUUGACGUCCCCCGGUCUAGGAUCACUCUGGACCUUAUUCGGGUGCUGUGAGUGUCCCACUGAAGGCAGAUGCUGAUUUUAUCUCCUUAUUUCUACAGAUUGAUGAGGAUGAGUAAGAGAUUCCUGAAUUCUAGGUAGCAUAUGACAAAGAAAUCAGUAACAACAGUAUUUUCUGAACAUUUGUUUUCUUUUUUCCUUAUGAGUAAAUAGAAGGGCCUGCCAAAUAGUUCAGUGGAUUAAAGUGCC